AUGGGCGCUGACGAUGGUCCGAUCAGUGCGGAACAAGUCGACAUUCGACUCCAGCCACUCAACAAGUCCGGAGCUCACGCCGAUGGAGCAGAAGGAGCUGAUGAGGAGAUUGGAGACCAGAUCCAGCUUCGUGUCUACAAGCAACGAUGGAUUGUUCUUCUGACGGUGGCCCUUCUGAACAACACCAACACAAUGUCUUGGAUCGGAUACGCGCCGUCUGGAAACUACGUCAACAGCUUCUACGGAGAAAGCAGUGCUGCUUGGCUCUCCAUGAUCUACAUGUUGUGCACAAUCCCAGUUGGACUCUUCGCCAUGUGGGCCGGUCGUGAAUGGGGUCUUCGUACUGCCAUUCUCAUUGCUGGAUGGACCAACGGAAUCGGAGCAGUCAUUCGAGUGAUCUCGUCUCUCGACUUUGUCCCAGAGGACCUUCGCUUCCCAAUCUGUAUGACUGGACAAGGAAUCGCCGCCAUCGCCUAUCCAUUCAUCAUGUUCUUGCCGACCAAGGUCGCCGGAUCCUGGUUCCCAGACACUCAACGUGCCAUCGCCACCACCAUUGGAGUCAUGUCCAACCCACUUGGAGUACUCAUGGCUAACCUGAUCAGUCCAGCUAUUGUCAAGUCCCCGGACCACGUCAUCUGGCUCAACAUCUUCACAUGUGUGCCAUCCCUAGCUGCUAUGCUCAUUGCUACACCAAAGAUCCCACCAACGUUCAGUGCUAGCAAGCCACAAAUGGACUUUGUAUCUGGAAUGAAGUCGUGCUUCUCUUCCAAGCAAUACAUUAUCCUUCUCAUUGUCAUGGGUGGUGGAAUCGGAAUGUUCAACUGCCUCUACACCGUUAUGCUUGAACUUUUGUGCCCAUCGGGAUACUCGAACUUCUUCUCCGGAGUGUGCGCCGCGUUGAUGAUUGUCGGAGGAGUGUUCGGAGCAGCUGCUAGUGGAUUUUUUGUCGACCGAACCAAACUCUACGAGGAGACCCUCAAGAUUGCUCUUGGAGCCGCCGUCAUCUUCGGACUCAUCUUCCUCCAGCUCACUCUUCAUCAAGGACUUUCAGUUUUCCUGGCUAUCACUUGCCUCUUCUUCGGAGUUCUCGGGUUGGCCACCUACCCAAUUGGACUUGAAUUGGCUUCGGAGUGCACGUUCCCAGUGUCGGAGGCUACAUCUACCGGACUCAUCGUGUUGUCUGGACAAAUCCAGAGUGUGAUCUACGUCUUCAUCAUGAAGAACUUUGCUCGCCCACUUCAACCAGAUCGCAUGCACAUCCAGGUCUGCCAGCUCACUCCAGAUGACACCGUCAACACACCAAAGGAUAACACCAUGUCGAUCAUGAUCUUCUCUCUGCUGGCCACUCUUCUCGUCCUUGCCCUUGUCGUGCUCUUCAAACCAGUCUACAAGCGUCUGGAAGCAGAACGUGGAAACCGUGCAACGGCUGACAAGGCCAAGGAACUGUCAAACCAGAACAAGGACCGUAUCACUCUUCAAGCCGAGAGCGCUGUCCAGCCUCUUCAGGAGAAGUAA